AAUCGAUCCGACUGGCGGGUCCGUCCAUCCACCCACCCACAACAUGGCGCAGUAUGAGCUCUACCGUCGCAGCACCCUCGGGAUUGCCCUGACGGACACGCUCGACGAGCUGAUCUGCAAUGAUCACUUGGAUCCGCAAGAGGCCAUGAAGAUCCUGACACAAUUUGACAUCAGCAUUGCCGAAGCCCUCCAUCAGCGGGUUCGAGUCAAAGCCCAGAUCAAGGGUCACCUUCAAACCUAUCGUUUUUGCGACGACGUCUGGACCUUCAUUGUCGAGAACUCGAACUUGAAGAUCGACGACGAGCCGCUGACUGUGAAGCGAGUCAAGAUCGUUGCCUGCACCGCCCGCAAUCCCCCUGCUGCUGGCAGCGGUGCCGGCGGAGGUGGUGCCGAUCAUAACGCCUGAGGCCGCCAUCCUCCCGAGCACCGUUUUUGCCUUGAGCCCGAGCAAGCAGGAGAGAGCAAAGAGACGAACGACUUUCGGUUGGAUGGCUUUCCUGCCCAGGGCGCCCCCUUCCGAUACCCGCUGCUCCUCCGCAUCUCGUCUUGGGUCUUCUCCAGGCAUGUCUGGGUGUGCCGCAGAGCACAACCCGUACACCCUCUCCCCUGCCUUUCUUUGCCCUCCUCUCCCCCUCCCUCCGUUCAUUCGGCCGGUGAAGCUCUUGAUGCCUUGACCCGGCCCUCGUUUGCAAGGCUGCUCGAAUCGACCGUCCCAAUCCAGCCCCAUCUUGUGGUCCAGCCUCGGCAUCGAUCGGAUCUCGAUCCCCGUGAGCUUCUUUCACUCCUGUUCACUCACUGAUCACGACCCUUGGCGCAAUAAUAAAAAGUCCGUGCAAGCAUCA